CUGAACUUCCGUGAAGCAUACGUCAACAACAGAAUAAAGUGUUUUUUGUUGCAUAGAUUUAUCAGCAGCACAUGGUUUAAUGUGCAUUAUUUAAUGCAUUAUGUGUCGACAUCGUGUCUCUUGAGCAAUUAUGAAGUAGUUUCCUGUACAGACGGCAUGAUCUGGGAUUCAGAACUCUGCUUUCCUUCAACGAGCGUCCUGACCUGUUUUGUGGAUGUUGAAAUAAAGCCAUGGAUGUCCUGCGGGUGCUAUCAGUCACCAUGGGAAGGAUCAGCACGUUCCGAUCUUAUCAGAUCAUAUUGCUCCUGGCUGCAGCUAUGGCGGUCGUAGCGUUCUACUACUUUGGCUCAGAAAAGCAAAACUUCUCCAGCACCACGAAACGGAUCAAGGAAACACAAGCGAGCCACAACACCAACCGUGAUGAUGCAGAUCUUUCUUUAGACAUCAGGUCUGGACAAGCAGAAAGCAGGCGAGGAAGUAGAGAUGAUUUGGAGGAAAAGCCACAGAGAAUCAAGCGCUUCCAUGCCCUCAUGAUGUUCACAAAGGUCAACAAGAGCUUGAACUUGCAGAAUAAGUUUCAGGUGGCCAUGCGUUCCAUGGCCAAACACGGACGCUUUCUGGAGGACGAGGUGCUGGUUCUUCAUUUCGUCUCGGAUGUUGGGAGUCAGGAGCUGGGGGAGAGGAUGCUCCAUGAACUUCUGCUGGAUGCAACGUUCCUGUAUGAGGUGGUGUUUCAUAAUGUGGAUACACUUACAGAGAAGUUAUUCCCCAUCGUAGAAGCUAUGCAGAAGCACUUCAGCGCAGGGUCUGGUGCGUACUACAGCGACGCCAUCUUCUUCCUGUCUGUGGCAAUGCACCGAAUAAUGCCUGCAGAACUAAAGAGAAUUGUUCAGCUGGAUCUGGAUCUCAAGUAUAGAAGCAACAUAAGAGACCUCUUCCAAGAGUUCAACCAUUUUUCUCCUGAAGCUGUCAUUGGAAUCACACGAGAGAUGCAGCCGGUUUACAGACACACUUUCUGGCAAUAUCGCAAAGACAAUCCCAAGUCCCACGUUGGAGAUCCUCCACCGGACGGUCUGCCCGGCUUCAACAGCGGAGUGAUGCUUCUGAACCUCGACGCCAUGCGUCGCUCAACUUUAUACAACCAGCUUCUGGAGCCCAAGCGGGUGACGCAGUUCGCCGAAAAGUUCCACUUUCGGGGUCACCUGGGCGAUCAGGAUUUCUUCACCAUGAUCGGUAUGGAGCACGGGGAGCUGUUUUACCCACUUGCCUGUGGCUGGAAUCGACAGCUGUGCACAUGGUGGAGGGAUCACGGGUAUGGGGAUGUUUUCCAGCUGUAUUAUCAAUGUGAUGGGCCGCUCCACAUCUACCAUGGCAACUGCAAUUCUCCCAUACCUGAUGACUGAGUGUGAAAGCGUCUCUAAACAUUGAGUUGUGAUUGAACAUUUUGAUCAUAUUACGAAUUAAGCGAACCAUGACGGAAAGAUUCCCAAAGAUCCAAAAUUCAGGCACAUUUAUUCCCAGAUCAGUAUUACGCAAUAUACUCCGAAUAGGAAUUCUUCUUGAUUCUUCGCAGUUUGAAGUACGCUGCUUUUUCCUUCCCAUGAUUCCUUUGUGCACAUGUGCAGCUCUUGCAGACUGUCAGUGGAUAUUACAUGAACUCGCUCAUCUUUCUAAUGCACUAAUUGACCCUGAUAUUACCUUGUUUUACACUGUCAUUGGCUAAUGAGAGGUGGCUGCAUAACAGUGAACAUAUUGCACAUUGUCCUCAUUUCAUCUAAAUUUUGCUUUGCAGUGAUGAUGUUGCUGGGUUAUUGGGGGUCUUGACCCACUUCCCGAGUUUGUGUGCUUGUGAACCUGUCAGGCGGCUUGAAACCGUAUGUUGAUGUUGGAAAUCAACUUUCUAUGUGAUGUAUGAGUGAAUCUGAAAAGCUAAGAUAGCAUCUAGAACAUCUGAGUAUCGGUCUCGUUUUGAGGUCCGAGGUAGAGAACGUUCUUGCUGCCGUGCUCUGAUCCGCCUGAGAAAUAGGAAGUGGGAUUGAGGGGAUAUUCAAAACAUAUACAAGAGAUUUAGAGGGCAGAGCUGUCUGUUGUGGUUGGCUGGCACUUAUCGAGCGAUGCUGCUCUUGGCAAACCUCUGCAGAAUUCUGCGAAACGUUCGUAAUAACCUCCGCAAUGUCAAAUCAACAGGGCGGAGAGACAGAGGAUCUCCCUCGACCCCACGCUGCUUUGUAAUAGGUCUUCGUGUGUGUUGCCAGGCAGUUGUGAGAUCCCACACUAAACUCUAUUGUGUCAAUAGGCCGAUAUUGUGAAGUGAAGAACAGCGUGUCUUGAGGGUUUUCAGUUAAUUAGUUUUUUGUUUUAGUGGGAAUGCAGUUGUGUUUUGUCUGGUUCUGUGUGAGUCAUUUUAGACUUUGAUGAAUUGAUGUUGUUCUACUUUAGCCUGAUCAAAUGAAAGGCUAAAUGUUAGUCAUUGAACUGGUGGUCCAAUCUCUUGCAUUCACACACAGUUUGUCUUAUUAUAUUUUCAUAAAAAAUGAAACGGUGUUGUUUAUGAGAUUUCUGUGUAAAUCAUUUGAAUGGUUCAAUUCAUUGCAACAAGCAAGGUAGAAUUUACACUGAAAUCCGAUUUGCUCGUAUGGGACCCAUUGCUUGUCAUUGGUUUACACUUAUCAUAUGCUUUUGUUGUAGUUGUUAUGUGACUUUUAUGAAUCAUUUUUCUUUCACAGGAACCACUCAGGAAAUGCUGACGGAGCGAAAUUUUAGUGAUUUUAGUGUGAGAAAGUUUCAUAUAAUUUUUCCCUAGUGCAUUCUUUUCCUUUUCUUAAAUAUUGAAUGUAAAACAAAUAUAUGUGUCAUACAUAUGUUGUGUCUUAGAAACUGAAUGUAUUAACACCAAUGAACCGAAUUCAAAUGAAGAGGUACCAUAUUUUUAAGAUAUCCAAAAUGUCUAUGUAUUAGAGCUCAGAAUAAAAUGUCUAGUAAUUUCUUGUCAA